GCAUAUCUGCCGGUCUUUUUAAUAAUGGUCACGAAUACGUCUUCCGCCACGUGACCGGAAGUACCACAUCUGUUAAGAUGGCGACUCCCUAUGUAACAGAUGAGUCUGGAAAGUAUAUUGCUGCUACACAGCGUCCGGAUGGGACAUGGAGGAAACCUCGGCGAGUGAAGGAUGGAUAUGUACCUCAGGAGGAGGUACCUGUCUAUGAGAAUAAAUAUGUGAAGUUUUUUAAGAGCAAACCGGAUCUCCCUCCUGGAAUGAAUCCAGAAGAUGCAGCUGCAGCCAGGCAGCAGCAGCAGGCAGCAGUGAAAGCGGACAGAGAGGGCGAGAUAUCCGGCUUGUCCAAAGCAGCCAAACGCAACAUGAAACGCAAAGAGAAACGCAAGCAGCAGCAGGCCCAGAAUCAACAUGAAGCGAACAAGGAGGUGGAGACAGUAACAAAAGAGCUGGAGAAGGUUUCGGUCGCAGCUGAAGAGCAGAACAGCACGACCGCCUCCACAGACCCGUCCGCCGCUAACACGGACAAAGCCAAGAAGAUCAAGAACCUGCGGAAGAAGCUGCGCCAAGUGGAGGAGCUGCAGCAGAAAGUGGACUCGGGAGAGCUGCAGAACCCUUCCAAGGAUCAGUUGGAAAAAUUGGGACGGGCUCAAGCCUUACGCGAGGAGCUGAGGCAGCUGGAGGCGGAUUUGUAAAGCAAGAUGGUGUAUUACAAGCAGAGGGGGCCAUGGUGUAGUGUUUUCUUUCUGUAUAUAUAUUUUUUCAGAAUUUAGGAUAGACCUUCAUUUAUUCCCGUUGGUGUAAUUCCAGUUUUGUGAAGCCCCAUCCCACAGUUCCUUUCUCUUCUGCCAAUCUGUGAUACAGGGAUAUUUAAAACAAGCGCUUAUUUUUAAACGUAAUAGUGCAGUUAGUGCUCCUCACCUCCACCCAUAAAAACAGUACUAUUAAUGAUUUUUUUGUGUAAAGUUUAGUUACGAAUGACACUUAUGCACUCCUGCGGGAUGGACUUUGCCAAAAUGGACUUUGGAACAGCUUAGAGGAGUGAGGAAGCCUUCGUUUUUCUCAUUGGGAAUUGCGCCUCUGUUUCCUCAUGAUAGACAUGUCAUGGUGGGAUUCCUCCGUGAUGCUGCGCAUUGUUGACACUACCUUUUUCCUGACUGAACGAAAGAACGAACUGAACACCAAGCCACUCUGAGGACACAGCGCAAGGACUUGAAUGGCUGCAGUUUUUUCUUGUUUUAACAUUUGUGACUUCAAUACCGAUCUUAACAAUGUAAAGCAUGUUGUACCUCCAGAGGUUACUUCUAAAACUUGUAUGGAUUAGCCAUUAUUGGGCUGAAUAAGAAAGACAGUAUUUAAGUUGUCAGCCAUGUCAUUUCUAUCUUUCAGAAGUCCUUUUUAUUAUGUGUGUGUUUUUUUAUUGUAGUAGUUGUCAAAUAUUAAGCAGUGGUGUUGUAUUACAUUAAAAAAUGAAAGACA